AUGGCUUCAGGACACAUCCCCUUCCGCCCUGGGCCACACAGUGGAGUGCGCACUCCCAUCCGCCAGAACUCGGUCGAUGACCGGAACGAAGUACACGUUCAGCAGAACCACUACAUUGGCAUCGAUGUCGGCACCGGCAGUGCUCGGGCUUGUAUCAUCAACGAAAACGGGGACAUUGUCGGCCUGUCUUCAGAGAACAUUGGCCUAUGGCAACCUCAGACCGGGUACUAUGAACAAUCCACCAACGACAUCUGGCGAUGUAUUUGCACCUCCGUCCACCGCGCCGUCGCCCAGAACAACAUCGAUCCUCAUUCCAUCCGGGGCAUCGGCUUCGAUGCCACCUGCUCGCUCGCAGUAUUCACCCAUGACACGGACGAGCCUGUGUCCGUCACCGGGCCCAAUUUCGACCAGACUAUGAACGAUCACAAUGUGGUUCUGUGGCUGGAUCAUCGACCCGUCGAGGAAACUAAGAAGAUCAACGCCACCAAGCACAACCUCCUGCGCUACGUCGGUGGAACAAUGAGUAUCGAGAUGGAAAUCCCCAAGGUAUUGUGGCUCAAGAACAACAUGCCCAAAGAGCUGUUUGAUCGGUGCAAGUUUUACGACCUGACAGACGCACUGGAGCAUCUGGCGACUGGAAACGAAAAGAGAAGUUUCUGUUCGGUCGUGUGCAAACAGGGAUACGUACCCGUUGGAGUGGACGGCAGCGUCAAGGGUUGGCAAGAGGAUUUUCUGAAAGAGAUCGGCCUUGAAGACCUUGCGGAAGACAAUUUCAAGAGAAUGGGUGGAGUCAACGGGGUGAAUGGCGAAUACCUCUCCGCCGGUGAACUGGCAGGCUAUCUCUGCGAGCGCGCCGCGGCCGACCUAGGUCUACCCGCAGGUAUUGCUGUCGGUUCCGGCGUGAUCGACGCGUAUGCAGGCUGGAUCGGAACCGUCGGCGCCAAAGUCAACCUUUCCGCCGACGAGCUCGACUCAUCGACUCCUGCCAACGACCAGUCUCAAGCGUUCACCCGUCUGGCCGCGGUUGCCGGUACAUCGACGUGCCAUCUCGUCAUGUCGAAAGAGCCAGUAUUCGUACCGGGUGUCUGGGGACCUUACAGAGACAGUAUCAUCCCGGACUACUGGAUGGCCGAAGGCGGACAGUCUGCAACGGGAGAGCUGCUCAAGCACGUCCUGGAAACACACCCGGCCUAUAACCAAGCCAUUUCCAUGGCCCAAGGUUCGUCAAGCAACGUCUACGACUUUUUGAACCAGCACCUGCUUGACCUCAAGGACCAGAGGGGUGCGCCCAGCGUGAGCCACCUCGGCAAACACUUCUUCUUCUACGGCGACCUGUUUGGAAACAGGAGUCCGAUCGCAGACCCCGACAUGUCCGGAUCCGUUGUGGGACUGAGUAGCGACAAGAGUCUCGACGGGCUCGCGCUGUACUACUACGGCACCAUGGAGUUCAUCGCGCUGCAGACGUGGCAGAUCAUCACCACCAUGAACCAGGCCGGGCACAAGAUCAGCAGCAUCUUCAUGAGUGGGAGUCAGUGUCAGAAUGAGAUUUUGAUGGAGCUGAUUGCAACGGCAUGUGAUAUGCCCGUUCUGAUUCCACGGUACGUGCACGCCGCCGUGUGUCACGGUGCCGCGAUGCUGGGGGCAAAGGCCGCCAGUGCUGACCCCUACGGCCGCACCGAGGAUCUCUGGAGUAUCAUGGACCGAAUGAGUAAGCCUGGCAAGGUUGUCAGGCCGAGCAAGGACAAGAGCGUCAAGAAAUUGUUGGAUGUCAAGUACAAGGUGUUUUUGGAGCAGUGUGAAAGACAGAGAGAGUUUCGAAAGAUGGUUGACGAUGUAGUUGAUGCUGCUUAA